CGUAGCAUAAAGGAUAGUCUGUUUCACUGCUUAGGUUGUCUUAUUAUUAUAUUCAUUGAAAUGGCUAAAGGCGUCAUGUUUAAAGAUCAUGUCUCUCUCUCUUUCUCUCUCCUCUAGUGUUGCAGCAGACAACUCUUUAUAGUAGAAGUCACUCUGAAGUGGAUGUAUGUGCAAUAUCAUGAACACAACUGGAAAUGAGGAUACUAGAGAACUACACGAAAACAGAGACACCAGUGACAUAUAUUUUGGUUUUCCAAAGAAAGAGGAAGAGGCAAUAAAUAAAAGAAAAGAACACGUUACAAAGGCGAUUAAAAAACUUCUUAAAUGUAAUAAUUUAAAGGUUAUCCCCACUAUUGCAGUGUUGGGGUCAGGAGGAGGACUGCGUGCCAUGACAAGUCUGUUAGGCACUCUGAAAGCAUUAAAUGAUGUUGGUUUACUGGACUGUGUUACGUACCUCUGCGGCGUGUCUGGCUCAACCUGGUGCAUGUCUUCUAUAUAUCAUAAGCAAGAUUGGUCAAACUUCAAUGAAAUAGUUGACGAGAUCCGUAAUCAAAUCCUGAAUGAGAAUGUGUCAUUUGAAGAAAUGCACAGAAAACUUCAGAAAGCCGUUCGGACUGACACCUUGUCUCUUACUGAUUUUUGGGCAGUGUUUGUUGCAUAUAUGACCAUCCAUCAGAUCAACACAGAUGGCUUAUCAAGUCACUGGGACGUUGUAAAGGAUGGAAAGAAACCUUUUCCUAUUUACGCUGCUGUGACUAAAAAUAAUGAGCUGGAAACAUCACCAGAUUACUGGUUUGAAGUUACUCCAGAUCAUGUUGGGUUUACAGCAUACAAUGCCUUUAUCGACACAGAUAUUUCAGGUUGUCAGUUUGAUAAUGGCCGUGUCAUUAAAAAGUUUGAUGAGCCUGAUGUAUGCUAUCUACAAGGAUUGUUUGGAAGUGCGCUUGCUGAUGGUGACAAAGUGUGGAGAUACGUAAUUGGAAAAAUUUCUCCAUUUUCAGAAUUUGAAUCUGAUGCAAUAAGUGAACACGCCAAAGAAGAAGAAAAUAAUGAUAGUUUAAACACAGACAACAAAGAAGAUGUUUCCACCACUGCCGAAUCUGAACACAACAAUGGAUCAUCUGACCAACCAGAAGAAGAUGACAGAACCAGUUUCUUUUCAGCACUUGUAAGCUUGAUAUGCAAUCGUGAUAGUGAUGAUGAUGAUGAUGAUGAUGAUGAUGAUGAUGAUGAUGAUGAAUGGGAAAGUGACAACAUUAAACCACGCCGCAGAACUAUCAUCUUUCAGUUCUUCAAGAUCCUCUACAAAUUUAUCUUGCAAAGUAUGAAAUGGGACUGGGGGAAACUGUACAACUUCCUCUUUAAUUAUACUCCACCUAAAGAGUUCAAUAUACCAGACGAACUUUUAAAUGAAGAAUUCAUUUACCUAAAAGAUGCUGGACUGCUGAUGAACUCAGCCUAUCCUUUGGUUCUGAGUAAGGAACGCAAUGUUGACCUCAUCCUAUCUUUUGACUUCAGUGAAGACAGCCCAUUUACAACAGUCAUCAAAGCAAAGGCAUAUUGUGACAAUAAUAACCUUGAAUUCCCUGAUAUUGGCGACAUAGAGCUGGCUGAUGCAAAGAAUCCUGAUGACUGCUACACCCUCAUAGGUAACAGCAAACCAAGAGUGAUGCACUUCCCUCUCUUCAACAUCAAGAACUGCAGAGACAGUGUCUCCGAAUGGAAACAAAUCUACAGAACUUCAAAACAUUCAUACAAGCCGAGAGAGUUCGAUCAACUGCUAGACGCUGCGGAAAAAAAUGUUAAGAACAACAUUGACAAUAUUAUUAAGCAAAUUAGAGAUUUAGCAAGCUGAGAAUAUAUUUGGUGUUACAACUUAAUUACUGCACUUACAAAUGAAAGAUUACAAAGGCAGAAGCAUGUCGAAGGAGAGAUACUCAUGUUCCAGUGGCUUGAUUAUAAGCAGUACAUUACCUAAGGGCAGUUUUUGGACUAUGUUAAUUACAUACUGAGAUAUGAUACAUAUGCAUGCGCAUCCAAAGUGCAGCACCAUUCUGUGAAUUGAUAUGUUGAAAUAAAAAGGAAGCAAAGCAUUUAAUAUGA